AUGAAGACCAGAUCGGCAUAUUUUGAGCAGCGACGAAAGCAGCUUCUUGAGGAUAAUGAGAGGGAAGAUAGAAUAAUAAAGAGACUCACGAAGAAACUUGGUCUAAACCGGCGUAAGCCUCGAAACUUAUCUGUAGAGGAGUCAAGGGAUAUAUACGGGCAAAAUAUGGAUGAAUCGGAUGGUCACACGGAUGAUGAAGUGCUCAGCGGAACUGAAGAGGGAGCUGUUGACUGUGAGGCGGGUAGACUGGGUACAGGCGAAAUGAAUGAAACGGUGUGCUUAAACAAUGAUCCAAAACUCGAGGAAGCUAUGAAAACAAAGAAUAACGUGGCUCAUGUUACUCAAAGCACCACUGAUGGUGGGGAGGAAUCCGUAACCGCAUUGCGACGAAGUGUCCGGCGUUUGUUAAAUUGUGUGUCGGAGUCUCAGAUGGCAAAAACGAUUUCUGAACUUGUGGAUCUCUUUUCCGAUCGUCCAUGUGGCACUGUUCGGCAGGUUCUCAUCGAAGAGGUUGAUAUUUUACUUGGGUCAUUUCCUCUGAACAGAGAUCAGUCAGUUGGUUGGCUUCAGCAGGAACUAGCGGCAUGUUUCACUGGUACACAGGCGCGUCUCUAUCAUAUUGGACAGGAAUCACGUUUGGUGGUGCAUUUUAUUGAAUUUUUUGUCGCCUCAAGGCUACCUAAUCUGGUUACAUUAGGUUCUCUCCGGGCUUUAGAUGGGGCUCUGGCCUCACGCUGCCUCUUUAUUGUUUACCUUUAUCGAUUUGGAGGACUUACCGGGGACUUUAUUAUGGACUGUGUGGAGGAAUUCGUCAAGUCGAAUGAUUUAUCCUAUCUGCAAAUUGCUCAUCAGAUGGUUAAACCGGUAGGUCCGGCGUUGCGGAGGGAGCUACAUGAACGGUGUAGUCAAUUAGUGACCGAUAUAAAGGGGAUGUUGGCCACAAUAGAUCCAUCAGAUUUUGAAAAGACUGUUGAAUUAGAGGGCAUAGUAACAAAUUUGUCUUCUAAACAUUCGAAGGAGCCAGCGGUAUUCAGUGCUGAUCAUUUUGUCAAGAUGAUGAAGAGUUGGAACAAGGGUAUCUCAUUCCCAAAAGACUUACGCUUGCCAUUGCGACUGGAUGAGCUACGCAAUGUGAAGGAUGGUAAAGGCCGCUGGUGGGCCGUAGGUUCUGCUUUUGAUGGCGAUGCGCUCAAGUCCAACUCUAUUUCUCGUACCUCCGCGCCUGCCAGACAGGGCGUAUCGAAAGGCGUCUCCCUAUCCCCUGAGCUAGCAGCGGUGGCAGUACGAUUGGGUCUGAUUACACCGAUACGGCAACAGCUUUUUGGUGUGCUGGUCUCUACGCCGGGUGGACCGGAGAGUACAGCGAGUGCUCUGGUGCUGAUGGCAAAUGCCAAUGGUGGUGGUAGCCGCCGGGCAGUAGAACAUCGGGAGCAUGAGAUGGUCCGAAUUGUCUUGCACUGCCUCAUCUCCGAACAGCCGUUCAAUCGCUUCUACACUCGUGUUCUUGGUGCUCUUCUCAAUCACCACCGGCGCUUUGCUGUACUUUUCUAUAUUAUGGUGAGAUGUGCCUUCUGGGACGUCAUGGCCAAAGAGGGACUGACCAAAGAGUCGAAGACUAAUGCAGGCAAGGCUAUUGGCAUCCUUGCUGCUGUGUACGAUUUUCCACUUACUAUACUCAAGAAAUUCAACUUUGGUGAUGGAUCGGAAGGUAACGUUGCUUUGCUCUCGGCUGUGAUCAUGGAGCUGACCACUACGGCCUUCAGGAAGACUUUGGAAAAGUUUGCCUACGUCGCCAACAGGAGUCCUAAGUUGGGACGUAAUCUACGAAUUUUUAUGCGACGAUUAUGUAAAGACUGUCCCAAUGUGGCAUGUCGAUCCUACCUUACACGACUUGUUUCUGAACUGCGAGACCUUUUUCCAUAG